CAGUUCUGCACUCCUGUUUGUUAUUCCUCUGUGGGGCUGUACUUCCCUCCGGCAACUUCUCCAAAGGGACAGUUUAUUCUGCAGUUCGCUCGUUUUGUCCUCUCUCAAUGGCCUACAAAGGUUUCUCCAUCAGAGACUGUAUUCAGGUGGCCCCGUUCAUUAGUUUCGUGGUGGCAAUGACAUAUUCCAUACCCUCAUCUUCCAACUGGGAGAGAAAGUGAAGAGCAACGACUUCAGCGAAGGUCACACCCCCGAGGAAAAAUAUCAGAGUGACUCGAUUUUCUCCCGGUUGACGUUUCUUUUGCAGUCCUGUGGGCAACGGCUGCUGUUCUUCAAAGUGAGGCCCUGGGAGGAUACGGAGAACUUCCUCGAUGUUCCGCCAGCCAGGCCGGGAAAGCAGCUGGGCCAGCCGCACGCUGAGAGGGGCGUAGCCGCUGUACACAUAGGAUAUGUCCAAAGGAUUUUGUUCAUUGACAUCAUCCAUCCAAAGGUGUAAGGUUUCCUGGAUUGUUGGCUCCUCUGGCGAGUUCAGCUGCAGCUUCUUAGCCUCCAUGGGAAGAUCCUUACCACCAUCGCCGUGUUUCUUGGGUGCAAACUUCUCUGGAGACAGAAAGAUGCCACGGAAAAAGAAAAAAGUUAAAGAAGCCUCUGAGGCUCAGAACUUGGAGAAGAAAGAUGCAGAAACUGCAAGUCCUGUCAAUGUGAAGAGGAAGCGUAAACUGGAGGAUGCAUUCAUUGUGAUAUCUGAUAGUGAUGGAGAGGAACCAAAGGAGGAGAAUGGAUUGCAGAAAAUGAAGACAAAACAGUCGAAUAGAGCAAAGUGUUUGGGCAAAAGAAAAAUUGCACAAAUGACAGAAGAAGAACAGUUUGCUCUGGCUCUCAAAAUGAGUGAGCAAGAAGCUAGGGAAGUGAACAGCCAGGAGGAGGAAGAGGAGGAGCUAUUGAGGAAAGCCAUUGCAGAAAGCCUGAAUAGUUGCCGGCCUUCUGAUGCUUCUGCUACCAGAUCUCGAUCUCUGGCCUCUGGACCAUCUUCACAGUCCCACCAAGAGAAAACCACCGACUCUGGGACCACUGAAGGCAUAUGGCAGCUGGUACCUCCAUCACUGUUUAAAGGCUCACAUAUCAGUCAGGGAAACGAGGCUGAGGAAAGAGAGGAGCCUUGGGACCACACUGAAAACACUGAAGAGGAGCCGGUCUCUGGCAGCUCAGGAAGCUGGGACCAGUCAAGCCAGCCAGUGGUUGAGAAUGAGAACGUUAAAUGUUUUGACAGAUGCACUGGCCACUUGGCUGAGCACACACAGUGUGGGAAGCCACAGGAAAGUACUGGAAGGGGAUGUGAUUUUCACGAAGCUGCCCAGGGUAGGGGGGACACAUCUAGGCACUGUCUGCCUGCCUCAGCAGAUGCCAAAGGUCUCCAGAACAGUGGAGGCACUGUGCAUUACUUCUGGGGUAUUCCAUUUUGCCCAGCUGGAAUAGACCCUAAUCAGUAUACCAAGGUCAUUCUCUGCCAGUUGGAGGUUUAUCAAAAGAGCCUGAAAAUGGCUCAGAGGCAGCUCUUUAAGAAAAAAGGAUUUGGAGAACCAGUGUUACCUAGACCUCCUUCUCUGAUCCAGAAUGAAUGUGGCCAAGGAGAUCAGCCUAGUGAAAAAAAUGAAGGCAUCUCAGAAGAUAUGGGAGAUGAAGACAAAGAGGAGGAGAGGCAGGAAUCUAGGGCAUCUGUCUGGCAUUCAGAAACCAAGGAUUUCCAAGAAAACCCAAUUAAAAGCUUGAAAGAGAAACUUUUAUUGAAGGAAGAACCAUCAACCAGUCAUGGUCAGUCUUUUCAAGGGCUAUUUGCUGAGAAAACUUCUGAAGAAGGAAACUCUGUACCUGCCUCACAAAGCAUUGCUGCUUUGACCAGUCAGAGAAGCUUAGUCCUUAUGCCAGAGAGUUCUACAGAGGAAAUCAUUGUGUGUCCUGAGACACAGCUAAGUUUCCCUGAAAGUUUUGACCUUGAAAAAGAAGUCUUUCCAGGUAGCAGAGAGACCCUGGAUGAAGUAAGAAUAAUAAUGACAGAUAAGGAGGUUUGUAACAGGGAAGAUGUUGAGAAGGAAAUACCUUCUUCUACCUUCUCAUCCAGUACCAAGGUACCCUGCCCACUAUGUGGACAAGGCUUUCCACCCACAAAGAUUGAGCGACAUGCCAUGUACUGCAAUGGGCUGGUGGGGCAAGAUACAGUGUUGACUUGGAGACAAAUAGAGGCCCAGAGCAAGAGCGACAGUGGGACAGCUGCCCCGACUUCCCUGGGCAUUGAGAAGAAUGAAAAGUGUUACCUCUGUAAAUCCUUGGUCCCAUUCAAAGAGUACCAGUGUCAUGUAGAGUCCUGUCUCCAGAUUGCAAGGGAUGACCAAAGAGAUGAAGAGAGUGGGAGAGUAUCUUCAGCUGUGGAGGGGAAGCAGCGGCAGUGGCCGAGGAACACAAAGGAAAAAGGUUACAGUGAAGGUCGACUCCUCAGUCUCUUGGAACAGUCUGAGCACAAAACUGUAGAUGCAGAGAUAAAGACCAAGUUUUCAGAAACAGUGGCCUUCAGGGUACCCUCGGCAGGGAUGGAAGAGGCAGGCUGCAGCAGGGAGAUGCAGAGUUCCUUUACACAUCUCAACUUAAAUGAGUCUCCCAUCAAGUCUUUUGUUUCAAUUUCAGAAGCCACAGAUUGCUUAGUGGACUUUAAAAAGCAGUUUACUGUCCAUCCAGGUAGCCGGACACGGUCCAAAGCAGGCAGAGGAAGAAGGAGAAAAUCCUGAAUUUCUAGGGUCUGAAGGUGGACAAAACUAUUAGCAAUAGGGGUGGGCCAUGGCCAUUAAACUUUAGUGGCCCCCAGUUCAUUGUUGAGCAAGUUUUGACCCUGUGGUUUCCACCACCAGCACCCACUCAGCAUUCUAAUUUUUGUGUUUUCUAUGCUCCAUACAAACAACUGUGUAUAAUAUUCUGUUUUAUAAGUCUGUUUGAAUUCACUUAUAGUUAAAAUUUAAAUAUAUUUAUCUAUGUUUGUAUGAAAUCUUAUUUCAAU